AUGUCGAAGCGAGCGGAGUCUCAAGUUGCACAGCCCUCAAAGCCGUCAGGAAGCAAGAGUGUUGAGAUGCCUCGUUCGAUCCGACCAUCACAUCUGAAAGCUUCCUCGACGCAACAAUCGCGAAAUUCGAAAGCAAUUUCCAGCUCAAAGUCGAUCCACAGUGAGGAUGACAACAACAGUAGUUCCGACAGUCCACACACUUCAGCUCGAGAGGCUGAGCCAGCUACAGACGACAUCACUAGUGAAUUAGAUGGUCGCACGGAUAAUUUCCAAGUGAACACUGUAGAACGUCAGGCUGUGGCGAUGCUGAAAACAAUAACCAAGAAGAGCGAAAGAAAUCACCACAAGUACGACGCCUUUCGUUCCAACAUCUCGGGGAAAGAUAAGCGCAUUGAUGAGCUUCACGCGUCAUUCGAAGACUUGGCUAGUCAAACUGCGGACUUAGAAGUACUUUGCAACAGCGACGUGGAUGCCGAUACACUCGACAAACUUUUCAUGGCCAUCCCCACCGAACAGCGUCAGCUUUAUCUUAGCGAAUAG